AAUAAGAAUUUAUUUAUUUCGAGGAAGACUUUGUACUCAAGACGACUUGUUCAUCAAAACCAACCGUAUUGGGUUACGCGGUUUAUGACCAUACUACAUAACCAAAGUGCGACAAGUAAAAGGUCUCUUUCAAUUCCAUGUAUCAACAAUCUUCAAUCCCAUCGUCUGCUUACCCUUCCAUGUCGAUUACUGGUAUUCAGGGCCAACUUCUCGAAAUCACUGUGGUUGGUUGUAACAAAUUGAAAGACACAGAGUGGAUCUCAAGGCAAGAUCCCUACGUUUGUCUUGAAUAUGGUAGCACCAAGUUCCGCACCCGCACCUGCACAGAUGGAGGCAAAAAUCCUACGUUUCAAGAGAAAUUCGUGUUUUCGCUGAUCGAAGGACUACGAGAGUUGAAUAUUGUGGUUUGGAAUAGCAAUACUGUCUCUUACGACGAUUUCAUUGGCAGCGGAAAGGUUCAAUUACAAAAAGUUCUCUCUCAAGGCUACGACGACAGCCCUUGGCCACUGCAGAGUAAAACUGGCAGGCAUGCAGGAGAAGUUCGUCUCAUAUUGCAUUACGGAAAUGCUAAUAAAGCUUCAAGCCAUGCUCCAUCAGGUUCUCAUCAUGUAGCGUACUCUGUACCCCAAGUCUCUCUGUACUCUGCACCACCGCCAGUAUCAGCAUCUCCUUACCCACAAUCAGCCACACCCUACCCGGCACCAUCUCCUUAUCCUUCGUAUCCACCUAAUCCAACAGCAUAUCCAACAUCUGCAUACCCUCCACCUCAGCCAAGUGCUUACCCUCCUCAACCGUACCCACCACCUUCAGCAUAUCCUCCAGCGCAAUAUCCACCACCGCCACAGGCCUCACCCUACUAUCCUUCAGGUCCACAGUAUGCAGGCAUCUACCCGCCACCGCCAUACUGAGAGUGCUCCUACAUGAUACCCAAGUGAAGGAACAAAAUUUAGAACUCGCGAACAAUUGUCCCAUAUUAUGUGAUUAUGACUUGGUAGUUGUGCUGUCUUGUGGUAACUGAAUUUAUUUUUUGGAUUCUUGUCAGUAAAACUAUUCAUACCUUUGUUUUUUUCUUCCCUCUCUACUAGUCUCGAAACUUGACCUAGGUUUGGGAGUUGAGACGCAUCCACUAGGACAAAGGUUGAAGGUUGACCAGUAAACUGUUCAUAUAUUUUAUUAUUAGCAUGAAUUAUUGCAGUGGUUGUUUUGUUA